AUGCUAAAGUAGCCGUGCUGGGGGCUUCUGGAGGAAUCGGGCAGCCCCUUUCUCUUCUCCUGAAGAACAGCCCCCUGGUGAGCCGCCUCACCCUCUACGACAUCGCUCACACACCCGGAGUAGCCGCUGACCUGAGCCACAUCGAGACCAGAGCAGUUGUGAAAGGCUACCUCGGACCCGAGCAGCUGCCCGACUGCUUGAAAGGCUGUGAUGUGGUGGUUAUUCCGGCAGGAGUCCCAAGAAAACCAGGCAUGACACGGGAUGACCUGUUCAACACCAAUGCCACCAUUGUGGCCACCCUGACUGCCGCCUGUGCCCAACACUGUCCUGAAGCCAUGAUCUGCAUCAUUGCCAAUCCUGUUAACUCUACCAUCCCAAUCACAGCGGAAGUCUUCAAGAAACACGGGGUAUACAACCCCAACAAAAUCUUCGGUGUGACAACCCUGGACAUCGUCAGGGCCAACACUUUUGUUGCAGAACUGAAGAGUUUGGAUCCAGCUCGAGUCAACGUUCCUGUCAUCGGCGGCCAUGCUGGGAAGACCAUCAUCCCUCUGAUCUCUCAGUGCACUCCCAAAGUGGACUUUCCCCAGGACCAGCUGACGACCCUCAUCGGGCGCAUCCAGGAGGCAGGCACGGAGGUGGUCAAGGCAAAAGCUGGAGCAGGCUCUGCCACCCUGUCCAUGGCGUACGCUGGUGCCCGCUUUGUCUUCUCCCUUGUGGACGCCAUGAAUGGAAAGGAAGGAGUGGUUGAAUGCGCCUUUGUGAAGUCACAAGAAACGGAUUGCAGCUAUUUCUCCACGCCAUUACUGCUGGGGAAAAAAGGCAUUGAGAAGAACCUAGGCAUCGGCAAAAUCUCCUCCUUUGAAGAGAAGAUGGUGGCCGAGGCCAUGGCGGAGCUGAAAGCCUCAAUCAAGAAGGGAGAAGACUUUGUAAAGAGCAUGAAAUAAGAAGACAGUCAGAGUGUUAGGUUUCCUUAAUUUAUUAAGGCAUCAUGUCACUGUGAAGCCAUGUCAGGUACCUUUGUAUUUUAAUUUGCAUCAAUGUUUAUUGUAUUAACAUCAUCCCUUCCAUAUUGUCAGUUGGCCUAUUGGUGCAUCAAUAAAAGCGGUCUUUGGUUUUCUUUUUCAAGGUCCUCUCUGUAAA